CUCCUGCUUGCACUUCCUCCCAUUCCGCCAAUUGCCCCCAGUCCAUGGCGUGGGCUGUGUCCAGAUGGCUUUGACAUCAUGGAAAGCGUUUAACUUCUUCGAUGUCUCAUCGGUGAAGCUGCCGGAGGAGAGCUCAUCCAUCCUCGGUUCUGAUAUUCUCUCCCUCUGUUCCGGUUCUGCCAACCUUUUCCUCGGUUCAAGCGAUGGUUUUGUCCACAUCAUCUCCUCGUCUUUCAAGCUCGCCCGCUCGUUCAAGGCCUCUGAAAAUGGCUCGAUCGCACAUAUCAAGCAGAUAGAGGGGUCCUCGUUGCUUCUGACUAUCGCAGAAGAUCUACCUAACGAGCCGAUAUUGAAGGUCUGGGCUCUCGACAAACCCGAGAAAAAGACCGGUGCCCCGCGAUGCCUGUCAACAACGUCCAUCCAGAACGCAAGGAGGAUAUUUCCAGUUUCGGCGUUCACUGCUCUGGACGAUCUGUCUCAGGUGGCAGUUGGGUUCGCGAAUGGAUCUGUCACGAUCAUCCGUGGUGACCUAAUUCAUGACCGCGGGGCAAGGCAGCGCAUUGUGUUCGAGUCGGAGGAACCAGUUACGGGUCUCGAGGUACAAAGCGGUCCUGUCGCAACUUUGUACAUCUCCACCACUAGCCGUAUGCUGGCCCAGAUCAUCUCUGGCAGAGGUCAGGGCCAACCGGCACGCAUUCUUGAUGACAUGGGCUGUGCAGUGGGCUGUAUGUGCCUGGAUAAGGAUACGGGUGAUGUACUGGUGGCCCGGGAGGAUGCGAUAUAUACCUACGGACCACACGGACGUGGGCCUAGCUACGCUUUCGAGAGUCGGAAAGACUCAAUCAACAUUUUCAAAGACUAUAUUGCAUUAGUCUGCCCGCCGCGCGAUACUUCCUCGCGGCCCGACGCUCUGCGCAACUUCAACGUCAGUCAGGCGGACGACAUCUUCAAGACGACCAUGUUCACGCUCCUGGACACAGACUUGAAAUUCAUCGCGCACUCCGAGUCGCUUGUGUCUGCGGUCAAGAAGAUAUUCAUCGAAUGGGGCGAUCUUUUCCUUCUCACUACGGAUGGCAAGCUCCAUCGGUAUCGCGAGAAAAGUCUCCAGCAGAAGCUCGAGAUUCUGUAUCAGCGGAACCUAUACAUCCUAGCGAUCAAUAUCGCCCAGAAGACCGGAGUGGAUACUCUACAACAAAAUGCCAUCUACCGAAAGUACGGAGAUUUCCUGUAUCAGAGGGGUGACUACGACACUGCAAUGCAGCAGUACCUCCGGGCUAUCGAUAACACAGAGCCGUCCCAAGUCAUCCGAAAGUAUCUGGACACCCAGCGAAUUCACAAUCUUAUCGAAUAUCUGGAGGAGCUACACGAUCACGAUAAAGCUACAGUCGACCACACCACUCUGCUCCUGAAUUGCUACGCCAAGCUGAAGGAUACGAAUAAACUAGACGAAUUCAUCAAAGCCCCCGGAGAGCUGAAAUUUGAUCUCGAAACUGCGAUUGCUAUGUGCAGACAGGGUGGAUAUUACGAACAAGCAGCCUACCUUGCUACGAAGUAUGGCGAGAAUGACAUGGUCGUCGAUAUCCUGAUCGAGGAUUCGAAGAAAUAUGCGGAGGCUUUGGAGUACAUCUGGAGGUUGGACCCUGAAUUGGCCUAUCACAAUCUGAUGAAAUAUGCUCGCGUAUUACUUUCCAACUGCCCGGAGAAAACGACAGAGCUUUUCAUCAAAUAUUAUAAGGGCCAGUAUAAGCCUAGGACCGAAGUUGAGCCACCCAUUGAGCCACAAGCACAACAAACUAGCACUUUACAAAGUUUAGCGGCUUUUCUCCCCUUGCCUCUGAUGAACUCUAGUGCUGGAGCGAAGGCUGAGCCGGCGGAGAAGUCACGCGAGGCUAGCGAUGAAAAUGUCGAAGAAGUCGUUGACUACCAGGUUCCGAAGCCGAGAACGGCGUUCUCGGUGUUUGUCGGCCAUUCUGAAGAAUUCAUCUCAUUCCUCGAAGCGCUCAUCGAAAAAGAAGACCUGGAAGAGGAUGAUAAGAUUGACCUCUACACAACCCUUUUUGAAAUGUAUCUGGAUACCGCAGGCCGGAAGAAGGAUGCCGCUGAGAAGCAGGCUUGGGAGAAUAAAGCGAAGAAGCUCAUCGAAGGGAAAGAUAUACCUAUAUCUACUUCAAGCGUUCUGCUGUUGUCCGACUUAUCCGGCUUUCGGGAAGGAUCUACUCUUGUCCGCGAGCAAGAAGGUCUUCGGUCAGACAUCUUCCGUUCUUUCACGUCGGCAAAAGACACCAACGGUGCUAUCCAGGCGUUGAGGAAAUAUGGUCCGGAGGACCCCCAGCUCUACGUGGAUGCGCUCACCUAUUUUGCUUCAAGCCCCAAGAUUCUCGAGGAAGCUGGAGACGAACUGGACGCUGUCCUCAAACGUAUUGACGAAGCUGGUCUCAUGACUCCACUGCAGGUUAUUCAAACGUUAAGCAACAAUGCAGUUGUCACCAUGGGUCGUGUCAAAAAGUAUCUGAGCGAGAAUAUCGAGCGGGAAAGAAAGGAGAUUUCCACGAACCGCCGCUUGAUAACCAGUUACAGCAAGGAGACUGAGAGUAAGCGAAAGGAACUGGAGCAAUUAGGCAACCAACCUGUCGUUUUCCAGUCACGUCGGUGUAACUCUUGCGGCGGCGCACUCGAUCUACCUACGGUGCAUUUUCUCUGCAAGCAUUCCUUCCACCAGCGGUGUCUGAAUAGGGUGGACGAGGAUGCAGAAUGCCCAGCUUGUGCACCGCAGAACUCCACCAUCAAAGCCAUUCGAAAGCGGCAGGUCGAGUCAGCCGAUCAGCACGACUUGUUCAAGGGAGAGCUGCAGCGCUCCAAGGACCGAUUUGGGGUCAUCAGUGAGUUUUUCGGGCGGGGAGUGAUGCGGCCACAGAGCACUAUGGAGUGAUAUGAUUUCUUUCUUUUUUUUCCAGCGCAGCCUUGCACAUGGUGUAGAUAACUACCUCGAUAUCACAUUCUGGCGAUUUUUGUUUAGAG